CCCGCGGCGCCCGCUCAGACUUCCGGUUUAGGAGCCGGACUGGGCACCUGGAGAGCUGGGCAAGGCCGGACCCCGACGGGGAAGCAGCUCCCCUUGUAGAGAGAGCCACAUCUGCAGUUGAUUCUCCAAGGACAUGGGAAGAUAGGUGUCAACCCUGGAACCCAGACCCUUAAGUGGAGGGGAGCUGUUUUCUGCUGUGAAUGAUGGCCAAACCCACUCUGAGAGAGAAUGGCACCAAUUGUGAAGCCUUUCGACAGCGCUUCAGGAUGUUCCAUUACCAGGAGGUGGCUGGGCCCCGGGAGGCUUUCAGUCAACUCUGGGAACUUUGCUGUGCGUGGCUAAGGCCAGAAGUGCGCACCAAGGAGCAGAUUGUAGAAUUAUUGGUGCUGGAGCAGUUCCUGACCAUCUUACCUGGGGAGAUCCAGAAUUGGGUACAGGAACAAUGUCCAGAAAGUGGAGAGGAGGCAGUGACUCUGGUGGAAGAUUUAGAAAGAAAGCCUGCAAGACCUGGAUGUUCGCUCACAGCCUCUGUGAAGGGGAAAGAAGUGUGCCCGGAGAAGAUGACACCCCUGAAAUCAUCACGAGAGUUAUUAAAUGUUCAGCAGGAAUCAGUGGAAUCCCAGCCCAGCGGUGGACCCAAGAAAGAGAGGGCAAGAAGCCCAGAUCUGGGACUACAGGAGCAGAUGAAUCCGAAGGAGAAUUUCAGACAUUUUCAAAGGAGCGGAUUUCCAUUUCCUGAAUCUGGUGUGGUCUCCAUGUUGGAGCAAGGUAAGCCAUGGAUUCCAGAUCCGGGCUCCAAGGAGAAAGAAGUCCCAAGAGGCAGCCACACAGGAGAUAGACGAGUGCAUGCUGACCUGUUGCCAUCCAAGAGAGAGAGGAGAAACUGGAUGGAACAGGAUCACUGGGGUUUCGAGGAUGAGAAGGUGGCCGGUGUGCACUGGGGCUAUGAAGAGACCAGAACUCUCCUUGCAAUUCUCAGCCAGACUGAACUUUAUGAAGCUCUUCGAAACUGUCACAGAAACAGCCAAGUGUAUGGGGCUGUGGCUGAGAGGCUCCGGGAGUAUGGCUUCUUCCGGACCCUGGAACAGUGUCGGACCAAGUUUAAAGGUCUGCAGAAGAGCUACAGGAAAGUCAAGAGUGGCCAUCCACCUGAGACCUGCCCCUUCUUUGAAGAGAUGGAAGCUCUGAUGAGUGCUCAGAUCAUUGCCCUGCCCAGUAAUGGCCUGGAAGAGGCAGCCUCUCACUCUGGUCAGGUGGGCAGUGAUGCUGAGCCUGAAGAGCCCCAGCAAGAGGGUUGGCAGCAUGAGGAGGAAGCAGAAGAGGCUUUGGCUGAGGAGUCUGACAGUGAUGAAAUGGACCUCGAGGCCACCUCCCAGGACCCUGAUAACUCAGCUGCACCUGUCAUGUUCCGAAGUCCAAGUGGUGUACACUGGGGCUAUGAAGAGACCAAGACUUACCUUGCAAUUCUUAGUGAGACUCAAUUUUAUGAAGCCCUCCGGAACUGUCACCGCAACAGCCAGUUAUAUGGAGCAGUGGCUGAGAGGUUGUGGGAAUAUGGCUUCUUCAGGACCCCAGAGCAGUGUCGGACCAAGUUUAAAAGCCUACAAACCAGCUACCGGAAGGUCAAAAAUGGCCAAGCACGAGAGACCUGCCCCUUCUUUGAAGAAAUGGAUGCUUUGGUGAGUGCCCAAGUCACUGCUCCAUCCAGUGAUGGCCAGGAAGAGGAAACAGCUUCUUGCCCUAUCCGGGGGACCAGUGAUGCUGAAGCUCAGAAGCAAGCUACAGACACAGAAGAGACCAUAGAGGAAGAUUCUGAUGACAAUGAAGAGGAUACUGAGAUACCUCCAGGGGCUGUCUUAACCCGUGCUCCAGUCUUAUUUCAAAGUCCCAGUGGUUUUGAGGCUGGAUUUAAGAAUGAAGAGAAUCUAAAACGAGAUAUUUCUGAGGAAGUACAACUGCACAGGACAUUAAUUGCAAGAUCUGAAAGGAAAAUUUCCCAUUAUCUUAAUCAAGAUAAAGGCAAUGAAAGUGACUAUAGAUCAGGAAGACAGUGGGAAAAGACCCCAAGGGAGAAAAGAGGAAAACUGACCCUUUCACAGGAGAGUUUAGGUAAAGUCCUAAAUCAUCAGAGACUAUACUUGGGAAAGAGACCCUAUAAAUAUCUCAGAUGUGGCAAAAGCUUUGGCCCAAACUCCUGUCUCAUGGAUCAGAUAUCCCACCAGGUAGAAAAUCCAUACAAAUGCACUGAUUGUGGAAAAAGCUUCAGUCGGAGUGCACGCCUGAUCAGACACCGAAGAAUCCACACUGGAGAGAAGCCUUACAAGUGUCUUGAUUGUGGGAAAAGUUUCCGUGACAGUUCAAAUUUCAUCACCCAUAGGAGAAUCCACACAGGAGAGAAACCUUAUCAGUGUGGUGAGUGUGGGAAAUGCUUCAAUCAGAGCUCAAGCCUUAUAAUUCACCAGAGAACCCAUACAGGAGAAAAGCCCUAUCAGUGUGAAGAGUGUGGAAAAAGCUUCAAUAACAGUUCUCACUUCAGUGCACAUCGGCGGAUACACACGGGAGAGAGACCCCAUGUGUGUCCUGACUGUGGGAAAAGUUUCAGUAAGAGUUCUGACUUGCGUGCACAUCACAGAACCCACACAGGAGAGAAGCCCUAUGGAUGUCAUGAUUGUGGCAAGUGCUUUAGUAAAAGCUCUGCCCUUAAUAAGCACCGGGAAAUCCACACACGAGGAAAGCUUCUGCCACAGCCAGUGCCCGAGUAAGCCUCUAAAGGACACAGCCUCUUUUCUGUGUAUUGUUUGGAAAGUGUUCCAGUAGUGACAGCCAUCUCCUGUUCUGUGCCCACCUGGCUUAGGAAGUACUCCUGAGAAUUUAUGCUAGUGUUUGUUUCUUAUGCUUCUUCUGGAUCUAGCGUCAAAUUCCCAAGGCAGUUAUUUUAAGAAUAAAAAGAUUUUAGUCCCUCUCCUUGCCUGCAUCUGAACUGUUGGGUAACAUCUUUUCCCUGUCAGUGCCUAUGCUGUUCCCUUAAUAGACAGAACAUAGUAGAUCUGUGAAUUUACUUUCCUGUCAGUCAGUUGCAUUUCAGUUGGAAAAACCUGUUCCAGCAGCAUUUUGGGGAGAAGUUGUGAGGCUUGGCUCAUUAAGUAGGUCUCAUUCUUCCUCAGUACAGUAAUGGAAAUGUUGAAAAGAAUGACCCUUCCUGCUCACUUAAGCUUGUUCUCAGAAUUUGACGUAUUUGUUAUGCAUAUUUUUCAUUACCAAAAAGAAAGUUUAAUUUCCACCGUGAUUCUGUCCUAUGUAUCAUCUUGUUAAGAACCAGGUGUUCUGAAUGGAGAAACAGUGUAACAGUGCAUAAAUACUGGAUUUCCUAGUUUUUUUUCAAGUCCUAGGAAGGUUGGAAUAGACUAAUACUACAUCCAUAGCAUCUAGCUUGAUUUUUCUUUUUGUCCUGUCAUCUGAAUUUCAUGUGUCCUUAAUGGUCUAGAAGGCCACCAAACAAGCUAGCUAGAUUUGCUGUUAGGGAAAGAAGUUAAAGCUACCAGCAGGGAGUCAUCCAUUUUCCCUAUACCCCAAACUCCUAGUAUGGUGUUAUGCACCCCAUAGAUGCUCAGUACUAACAUUCAAGGAGUAGAAGACAUUGCCAUGUUCCCAGGUGUGGGAAAAACGGACCACUUUGUGUCAACAACCCUCUACCAUAACGGCAGGGAAGAUGAGAAUAUCUUUGGUCAGUGUAGUGGGCAGUCUACACACUCAGCUGUAUACAGUUAGAAGCAGCUCUUCAAAUAUAACUGAUCACUGAUCUUUUUCAAUUAUUUUUUUACCACUGAUCUUUUUAAUGAAAUACUGAAUUAGCUGUUCAUAAUAAUAUGAACCCAUGCAGCACAAGUUCAACAGACUCUGUCCUUGUCCUUACAAUCAAAAAAAGAUGAUACAGGGCCAGGGAUUUAGUGGUGCUGCCGCCUGCCUCGAAAGUGCAAGGUCCUAGUUCGAUCCCUGGUACCAAAAAAAAAAAAAAAGAUGAUACAUAGAGAAGUUCAAGUGUAUCGUUGUAUCAGUUGUAGAGAAAUCUUCAAAGCUAGGUAAUAACACUGCGUAAAUGUUAAGGUCCAAUGCAUUAGAAUUUGCUGUGAGAAAAAGCUGAGAAGGAAAAAGUAUACAAAGGAGAGAAUGUUACUGAAUAAAUCAGGAUGGAGGGAACUUUCCAGAGCUAGUUGUAAAGUUGAGUGCUGGGUGGGUGAGAAAUGAGGUAGCAAAGGACAAAGGAUAAACUGUAAGGAAAGUCAGAUAAAGCUUGGAACAGCAGAACUUGGCAAACAAGUGAUAAGAGCUGUGCAGGAGGCAGAGAAUCACCUUUGCAGAAACAUGAAGUACUAGAUGUAGACCAGGAAAUGGUGAACUUGUCUGCAGUAAAGGAGGUACUCUUGUACUUACUGAUAACAAAACAGCUGGCUGGCACUGGGGGAGAAUGAACAGUUUUAGAGGACUAGCUCUUCUGGGAGAGAAGAGGUCAGAAAUUAGUAUCUGUGUCUACUGAAGACACAGUACUUUGAUGGGCAGGUCAAAGGAAAAGUGAACAUGACCAUAUGGCCAACACCUGGGAUAAAUAACUUUCACACUCAUACUUAAUUAGAACCCUGUGCUGGGAUAAGAUCUGGGAGAGCAGUAAGGAGAUGGAAUCCUAUAAUUCAUAGCUGUGUUAGCAGAGAGACUAUAACUUGAAUUCUUGUGAAGAGUCCUAGUAUAAGGAACCACUUAACAUUUGUUAGCAGUUAAGGGAAGAGCUCAAGAAACACCAGUCUAGAGUCAGGGAUGUAGCUCAGUGGCACUGUGCCUGCCUGGCAAGCACAAGGUCCUGAGUUCAAUCCCGAGUACGAGGAAAAAAAAAAGAAAGAAAAAACCAGGGGCUGGGGAUUUAGCUCAGUGGUUUCGCCGCCUGCUCUGCAAGCGCAAGGACCCGAGUUUGAUCCCCGGCACCAAAAAAAAAAAACAAAAAAAAGCCAGCCUAAAGAAAUGCCUGAGAAUCUGAGAUGGUUUAGGAAGUGUGUUGUAAUGUCAAUAAAAAUGAUAUUAUUAUCUUUAGUAUAUCUGUAUAGUCUUAUGGAAAAAGUAUUGGUUGGGUAUCAACGAGUUCAGGUUUCAGAUGUCUUGUAAGUAAGUCAACCUGCCUUUUUCCUUUCUGCAAAGCAGACUAAUGUUUACAUCUACUCUGCCUCUCAGGGAUACCAUGUUAAUAAAAAUUAUGUCUAUGAA